CAUCUCCUUGGUCCCGUUUUUGAUAGAAGAACAGAGAACCCCUCCAGCCUUGUCUCUCUCAUCUUCUCCUCCUCCUCCUCUCCAUAUAUACGACUAUAUACAUACAUAUAUACACACGUCUACCUAUGCGAACAUAUACGUAUAGAUUUAUGUAUCUAUCGCAAUCAAUUGAACGAUUUUGAAUUUGCACCCCAAGCCCCUCUCUCUUGAUCCAGGUAGAAUCAUCAACCCUAGCUUCGCAAAAAAAAGAAGAUCAAUUUCAACAUCAGUUUACGAAGGAAAAUCCUAUAUUUUGCGAAUCGUACUGAGCAUUACCUGCUUGUAUAUAAUCCCGAGAGAAAGGAAAGAAAAGAGGUUGUAGGCAAUAUUAGGUUUUGCAUUGUUUAUAUCAGGAGGUGGAAGUUGAAUUGAAAAUAACUGAGCUGAUUUUUUCGUAUAUUUUGCUGGAUCGAAGCUCAAAUUACUGUUGGGUAGCUGUGUAUAAUUCGUUUCCGGUUUCAUUUGAAUGGAAGUUUCUGGAAUUUAGAUAGGUGCUGACAUUGGAUUGAUGUUUUAGGAAUUUGGUAUUGGUUUGAUCAUGUUAUAAAUUUCGGUCCUUUAUUGCAAAUUUGGAUUAGUUGGAAUGUUAUUGGAUCGCUUUUCUUCUGGGGGUUGAUUUGAAAGAAUUUUUGUAGAAGAUGGACUUGAAUCUCGUUUAUUAUUGUUGACUGAUUUCUUGUAUCAAGUUUUUUUUUGUGGGUGAAGUAUAGCUGGUGCACAAGUUGUUUUACGUGGUAUUGCACAAUGAGCUUGGAGAAUGAGGAUCGAAGCUCCACCGACCACGUUUCUGAAAUUGGUGAAGUCCGGAAGCAUUCAAAAGUAUCGUAUACAAGAGAGUUUCUUUUGUCACUCAGUCAACUGGAGAUUUGCAAGAAAAUACCAACUGGGUUUGAUCAGUCGAUCCUGAGUGAGCUUGAGGACACCUCACGUGGCAUACAAGACCGCCAAAGAAUACCUGGAAGCUUGCCCUCUCAAGGUUUCAGACGUAGUGAUUAUAGUUCGUCUCCACCUACUCGUGGGGAUUCUGAUGGCAAUUCAAGAGGCAUUUAUGGAAGAUGGGAAAGCCGUUCCUCUGGGCGUAGUGAUCGAGAUAGUGAUACACAAUCAGAUAAAGAUUCCGAUCCUGUUAGACGCUACGGGAAUCAAGCACGCCGCACUUGGCAGAGUUCUGAGCAUGAUGGGCUUCUUGGAAGUGGUUCAUUUCCCAAGCCAUCUGCAUAUGCAUCUGGAGUAUCUGCAGCUAAGGUCCGAGCAAGUGAUAACCAUCAGCUUAAUAGGAGCAAUGAGCCAUAUCAUCCUCCUCGCCCUUAUAAGGCAAUGCCUCAUUCUCGUAGAAACACUGAUGCAUGCAAUGAUGAGACCUUUGGUUCAAUUGAGAGUGCAAGUGAGGACAGAGUGGAAGAGGAAAGGAGGAGAAGAGCUUCUUUUGAGUUGAUGAGGAAGGAACAGCAGAAGACUCUUCAAGAUAAGCAGAAAUCAAAUCCAGAGAAGCCUACAGCUGAGUAUGACUCGGACAUUUCAGUACUGCUGGAAAAUAAUAAAAAGGAUAGGAGGCUUCUGGACAAGAAUGCUGAAGUAGAUAUAACGACCAGCCAACCUUGCGCAAACAAUGAAUCUGGAAAAUCAUCUUCCUUUUCACAGAAUCUCCCAUCUAGACCACUUGUGCCCCCAGGCUUCAAAACCACUGUUUCAGAUAAGAAUUCUGGCUCAGCAACUUUGAACCAUUCAUGUUUGACAGAGAUAGGAAAACAUGAAACUGAAGAAAUUCUAUUGGAAGCCAAAUCCGACGCCCAAAAUGGUAUCUGUCAGAGCUUAGAAAGACAAAGUUCCCGAGAAAUUAGUUCGAGUGAUCAACUUGAACGCAAGAGUUUGCAUGCUUCAAUUCUGAAGAAGAAUGACCAAAUUGUGAAAUUGUCAGUGAACUCAGAUGAUUCUGACAGGAAAUUUAGCAUGGAAGAUCAUUCACGCCGGACUUCAACCCUAGAUUUAAACGAGCCUGCAAUUUUGGAACUCAGUGCCCAGAAUUCAGGGGGCAAAUUUGUUGCGGAGUCCAAUAUCAACCAUUCAAUAUCCAUCCUGGAUAAGAUUUUUGGAAGUGCCAUUGCAAAUCUCACCGACUCUGAUGCUCCAAAUGAAGAUAGUAAGCCUAAUGACAAAUUAGACCCCAAAGCUGUUCAGUCAUCAAAAUUUGCUCAUUGGUUUUUCGAAGAAGAAAGGAAGCUGGAAGAUGAUUCUUCAUCAAGUAGGCCUAGUGAUUUGCUUGCAUUAAUUGUUGGUGGUGAUAAAAACAGAAAGCAACCCUUUGAGGGUAAUACUUCAGAACAAUUACCAUCAGAAUUCUCCUAUAAAAGUCUUGAGCCUACAAGUAAGUUUGUCUCGGAUUUACCUUCUUCACCGCUUGGCGGGCCUGAGCUUGUGUAUAAGUCCAGUAAAAGGGAGGCAGCGCCGACGAUCCUUACUUGUGAAGACCUUGAGCAUACAAUGUUGUCAGAGUUCAGCGAAAAAAAGUCUAAUUCACAGCCACAAGGCUGGAGUACUAAUCGCACAAAGACUGAAAAACCUGUAAAUGUGGAUAGCCAGGCAUCUCAGCACCUCCUUUCAUUAUUACAGAAGGGGCCAAAUCUUGGAAAUGUGACACAGAGGUCCAAUGCUGGCAUUGAAUCAUUGGAGGCACAUGGUGAGACUACCGUGCAAGACAGAUCUAAGAAGGAAGAUAACAAUAGUCAUGCUUCAGGGAAUACACUUACUCUUGAAUCACUUUUUGGAACUGCUUUUAUGACGGAAUUACAAUCUGCACAAGCUCCAGUUUCAGUUCAGAGGAUUUCAGUUGGUUCUGGACUACAUGAUUCUCAGGAAACUCAAAAGUCGUCAUUGCCUAGUUCUGAUGAUACCCUUUCUUCUUCGAUAAUUGAUGAUAUUGGACUGAGAGGAGCAACGAAGGAGAAUAACGUCUUACCUUCAAAUUGCAGAGAUCACCCAAAGCUGGAUAAGGCAGAAAACUGGUUGGGAUUCAAUGAUUCUUCGUUUGAAGUCAACUCCUUAAAGCGCCAAACUGAAGCGAUGUCCAGAAAUGGUGAUUAUCGGGCUGGUGAAUUUCGUCUACCUGAAGGAGAGAGCUUAUUUAGUGUUGGUGAUCCUUUGGUAUCCCAGGUCCCAAUGCCAGCAGGAAAUAUGAGUAAAGGUGACCUGGUGACUGUUAACUCAGUUGGCAGUGAUCAAAGGUCUUUGGUGGGUCCAGGGGCACUACCCUUUCCACGAGUUUCUCAUGACCAGAUUGAGUCUGAGAUGCUUUUUCACCAUCUUCGUGCUCAACCAUCAUCUUCUCAGUUUCAUCCUUUGCAAAUGAGUCAAGGGAAACCAUUACUUCAUCCAUUGGAUUCUCGUCCUGCACAUUUGAACUCUCAGAUUUUCUCUGGUCCAGAGGGCAUGAUUCGGCACGAUGCUCUUCCUGGUCAUCAGUUUGCCGGAAGUAUGAUGAGACCUCCAUUUCACCAUCCGAAUGCUAGGGUGACAGGAUUUGAUCUUCCUGCUCAUCAUCCUAUGUUGCAGCAGAUGCAAAUGUCUGGGACUCACCCCCCUCAUCUGCUACAUGACCGUCUGAACGGUGGUCCAGUUCCUUCACAUUCCAGUAAUCAGGCUGCUGGCUUUGUGCAUGAAGUUAACCCGAUGCAAGGGUUCCCUUUUACGUCUCACCAAGUCAACAUUAAUGGACUUGGGAUGCAAGCUCCAGGGCCAGAUAUCAACAGCAGAAACAAUCAUCCUGAGGCCCUGCAAAGGCUUAUUGAGAUGGAGCUUAAGGCUUCAAAGCAGAAUCACACUUUUCCUGCUGGGCGUGGACGGGGGAUGUACGGUCACGAGCUUGACAUGGGAUUGCGAUAUAGAUAGUUGGCCAUGUAAGGUUAACAUUUUUCAUGUGGUACUCAUUUACCAUCACCUAUGUGCAAGUAUUUGGUAAACAUAUCAGGGGAACUGACAUAAGUCUUAGAUCCUACUUUCUGGGUACUUUGGGAGGGGGGUUAGUGUCAUCUACAUACGCCAGUGAGGAGUGGCUGAAAAGGGCCUCUGUAUCGACAACUCUUAAUAUAUUGUGCAAACAUGGUUGUGCAAAUUGUUAGUUCAUAUUGAUCUUCCUUGUGUUCCUAA